UCUCUGAGCUGAGCGAAGGUGCUGAACUAACAGCCCAGCAGGUUAGCUAGCAUAGCUUUAGCCACACCUACAGUUCACAACAGUAGCUAACCAGGAAGCAGCCAGCAAAUAUAGUUAGCUUUUUAAAACAAGACAUUCACUUCCACAUGCAGGGGAAUGGAUUUGAGCAUAUUUGUACAAUGAACAAGAGAAAGUCCAAUGUCCAGAGUCUGCCGAAACCCAGCAAAAUUUGCAGGACAGAGGACACGACCCAUGUCCAAGAUGAGGAUGACUUUGAUGAAGACGGAGGGCUUCAUCAGGAGCACUCUUUUUCUACCUCGAGCGCAGGAGAUAUUGGUGUAAUUGAGAGCAUCACUUUGAAGAACUUUAUGAGCCACCAUUUGCUUGGCCCUUUCCAGUUUGGACCAAACGUGAACUUUAUUGUUGGAAACAAUGGAAGUGGGAAGAGUGCAAUUCUCACUGCACUUAUUGUGGGCCUGGGUGGAAAAGCAACUACAACCAACAGAGGAGCCUCUCUGAAGAGUUUUGUAAAAUAUGGAGAGAGCUCUGCAGAAGUCACAGUAAAAUUGCGAAACAGAGGGAGUGAUGCUUAUAAAGGUGAUACAUAUGGAGAUUGCAUCUCCAUUGAGCAGCGGAUCACAAGUGAUGGGUGCAGGACUUGCAAAAUCAAAAACAAACCUGGUCACAUUGUCUCCACUAAGAAAGAAGAGUUAACAGCAAUAUUGGAUCAUUUCAAUAUACAGGUUGACAACCCAGUCUCAAUCCUAAAUCAGGAAAUGAGUAAGCAGUUCCUGCAUUCAAAAAGUGAAGCAGAUAAGUACAAGUUUUUCAUGAAGGCAACUCUGCUAGAGCAGAUGAAACGAGACUACAUUCAUAUCAAGCAGACCAAAGCUGUGACUCGGGACCAAGUGGAAAGGCAGGAGGAGUGUCUCAAAGACCUGAGACAAUUGUUUUUACAAAAGAAAGAAAAGUAUGAGAGUUUAUCAGCGCUUGAAAAUAUGAAGCAGACUCUGGAGGAUUUGAAAAAAAAAAUGGCAUGGUGUCUGGUGAGAGAAAAAGAGUGGCAAGUACAGCAGUUGAAGGAAGAAAUUGAUAAAGAACAGAACAAUAGAGCAUUUGAAGAAAAGCUUCUGCUCUGCCAGAGCAAAGUUACUCUUGCUGAAAAGAAAUUGCGGGACAAUCAGCAGAAGCUUGAGAGAGUGAAAGAGGAGGAGGAACGUCUGGCAGAAGAAAGUAGAAAAAUAAAAGAAGAGGUCAAGCUCAAGAGUAAAGCUCAGAAGAGCCAGGAAGUGGUGUACUUCCGUGCAGAGAAUAAAUUGAAACAGUUAGAAAAGGAACAAUGUCUUUUCCAGGAGAGAAUUCACAAAAUAAGUAAUAGUAAUGGCGGAAGGAAUCGUGAGUCGGAGCAUGCACAGCGAAUAAAGAAAAUAUCUGCUCUGAGGAAUCAGUUGGAAAAACUUGGGACUGAAUCUAUAGAACUUAAUCAGGAAAUCAAAGAGAAGCAGCAAGCCCUUUUCAAAGGAAGGGAAGAAUAUGACAAGCUAAGCAUGGAAGAAAAGAACAUCCAGGUCUCUCUGGAAACCAAGCUGAAGAGGAAAAACCAACUCACAGCCAGCAGAUCUAAUAGACUGAGACGAUUUGGAGAUCGCAUGCCAGAGCUGUUGGAGUCUAUUGACAAAGCAUACGCUCAAGGACGGUUCAUUAAGAAACCAGUGGGGCCGAUAGGCGCAUGCAUCAGCCUUAAGGAUCCUAGUUUAGCUGUGGCUGUGGAAAGUUGCUUACGGAGUUUCAUGAAAACCUUUUGCUGUGACAACUACAAAGAUGAGAGGGUCUUGCAGGAGCUGAUGUCUCCACACUUUCCCAGAGGCUGUAGGCCACAGAUAAUGGUGUGCCCUUUCACAGACUGUGUUUACAAUGUUCAAAGCCGAGGUGUGCACCACCCGGAGUUCCCAUCUGUUUUGGACAUCCUCAUCAUUAACAACCCUGUGAUAACUAACUGCCUGAUAGAUAUGAGGAGCAUUGAAUGCAUUCUUAUUAUCAGAGAAAAUGCUGUUGCAAGGAGACUUAUGCAAGGUGGAAGGCCCCCAAGAAAUUGCCGGGAGGUCUUCACUGCAGAGGGUGAUCAGGUGUUUACUAAUCGCACGUACACCCCCGAACGUGAAGUUAUAGUCAAAUACCUUGGUGGGGAUCCUGAGGCAGAAAUUCGUUUGGUGCAGUCAGAAGUGGAAAAUCAUCAGGCCCAACUGAGCAGGUUUCAGCUUCACUUAAGUUCUGUAAAGCAAGACAUUCAGUCCAUGGAAGAGAAGCUGCGUAGCGUAUUCAUAGCAUGCAAAAGAAAUCAGGAGAGCAUAAAUCGGGUUAAAGCAUCUAUAACAGAGCUUGAGAACAUUGAAGAGUCUCAGACUGAGGACAUCAGUUCCCUGGAAGAAGAAGCUCAAGAAAAUGAGCAGAAAAUCGAGCUGGAGAGAAAAAAUGUAAAAGAGGCACAGAGUGAAUUGGAAAAGCAUAAUAAAGUUCUCAUGGAAAUUGAUCGGAAGCACCAAGACAUGAAAAAUAAAAGGGAGCAGCUCACAGAUGAAACGGAGCAGUUAAAGGAGGAGCAAGUGAAAGCUGCGGCCGAGUGCAGUAAACUGGAGCAAAGCCUCAAGAUUUUGGAAAAAAAACUCAAAGCACAUCAGGAUAACAUUCAGGCCAUGAGAGCUGAACUUGGCCUUAAGAUAGAGGAGAAAGAGGACUUUGAAGCAAAAGCCAGAGAAAUCUGUCCCAUUCCUCAAAGACCAGAUCGGAGUGCUGAGAGCAUUGAUACAGAGAUCAUACGUCUCCGCCAAAAGAUCAGUUCACAAGAGAGCAGCCAUGGCAACCAGGAGCAAGUGAUUAGGGAAUAUGCAGAGGCUCAUGGUAAUUACAAAAACAAAUCCGGCCAAGUGAGAGAUCUGAAGAGGUUCAUUGAUCGCUUGGACAACAUCAUGACUGACAGGCAGGCCCGAUAUAAAACACUGCGAAGAUCCCUCUCUGUGAGAUGCAAGUUAUACUUCAACAAUUUCCUUAUCAAGCUGCACUGCUGUGGGUCCAUGAUGUUUGAUCACAACAAUGAAACCCUCUCAAUUUCAGUGAAGCCUCCAGGUCAAGAGAAAGACAACAUCAAUGACAUGAGGUCUUUGUCUGGUGGAGAGCGAUCCUUCUCCACUGUUUGCUUUAUUCUGUCAUUGUGGGAGAUCACUGAAUCACCCUUCAGGUGCCUGGACGAAUUUGAUGUCUACAUGGAUAUGCAUAAUCGUCGAAUCUCACUGGACCUCCUUCUUGAGCUCUCUGAGCGGCAGCAUUUGCGCCAGUUCAUUUUCAUCACCCCUCAGAGUACCAGCAGUCUACCCAAAAGUCCACAUAUUAAAAUACAUCAGCUUCAAGAUCCAGAGAGAGAAAGCGAGGAGGCUUUGCAAAGCACUCAGUGAAAAGAUGAGACUGAAGUAAAUUUCAUUCGAGAGAAUGAAUGGUAUAUUUUUAUACAUGAAUUUUAUUUUAUUUAUAUUAUUUUAUUCUCAGUGUUUAAUAUAACCUGUUAAAGCCUGAAACUGUAAUUAACCAACAUUUUCUACAAACAAGACAGAACUAUUUGUUUAAUGCUGCCUGUUUUUUGGGGCCCAGGUGUGGUAUUUCCUGUGUUUUAGCUUAUUAUCUCCUUUUGUAUCACCUGCUAACUUCCUGUUACUGUGUUGAAGGAAAGAGGAAAGAUAGAAGUUAAAGACUUUUUGCCCUCUGUUUAGGGCAGGUUUACAAUACAAAGAUGAGUUGAGAGAGCACCUGUAUUCUUUUUUGUUGUUUGUAGGGAUGCAGCAAUACCAAUUGUCUGUUCCGAAACAAUACCUGCCGAUCCCGAGUGCUCAUACUGAUCAAAACUCGAACCUUAGCUCAUUAGGUGCCUAUAAAUGCUCAUAUUUAUACUGUUCCACUUUUGGGAUAUUUUAUUUUGUUAAAAGCAGUGUUCUGUAUCAGAGAUAGAACAUUCCAAGCUCGAAUAAAUGCAUUUAUUGGUUAGAUAAUUUGAAUGAUUUCAGAGUUAUGAAAUGUUGUGCUCUUUGUCGUGUUUAAUCUUCACAUGCUUAAUUAAAUUUCUAAUUUCUAAUUUUAAUUAAAAUCCUUGCAAGGAUCUGCAAUACAUAUUUUGAAGUGAGCACUGUUGUCUAUUGCUUGUCUCGAGCAUGAAAUAAUCCCACACUGCCAUCAUGUUGCUUGCUUCAGUUAAGUUCGGUCUACAGAAAUUGCUUCAUGGUAUCAGUAUUCUCUAUUGCUGACACCAAUACUGUAUUUAAGUGGCAGUUUAAAUAAGAGACGGAUACAGAAUCGGAUGAAACACUAGUCACUCGGUUCUCUUUAAGUAUCACACAGCCAAACACAUACCAUAUGUUCUGAAAACAGCCCAUAGACAGUUUAUUGAUUUGAAUCACAAUGUUGUCAGUGCAACGUUACAUACUGAGUUGAAGACAUGCCACAAAUAAAACACAAACAUCAUAUUACACAAUCAAAUGACUUUAAAUUUGGUAUUUCAUUUCCAUGUUAGGUACAAAUAUUUACAUGGCAAAGAUAUACAUCUGCAGUUUUGGGAUUUUACAAACACAAGAUUACUUUCUACAAGGAGGGCUUUGGAGGAAAAAAAAACUGUGCAGCAUCCUGAGCCUUAUUGGACAUACAUGGGCUUGAUGCUUUUGUGUGAAAAGCAAGAAAACAG